CUGAUAUUUCAGCUCGCCACCACAACUCUUUUCCCUCACACGAUCACGACCUAUUAGCUGUCUUUUGCUAGAUAUAAUCUACCACAAUUGCAGAGAUGGCCUCAGAACAGGCAGCUGAGGUCCCGAAGACUGGGAAUUCUCUGGAGGAUCGCAUCUCCCAGCCGGACGACGCGACCUCCGGUGCGCCGCAAGCUUCGAACACCUCAACAUCUUGGGCCGACGAGGUGGCCUCUUCGACGCAAAAUGAUGAUGCUGGUGCGGCGAACAAGACACAGGACACUUCUAUUCCACAGACUGAUGGUGCGCCCUCCGCGUUGGGUGGCACCGAUCUUCACGAACCGGAAUACAAUGUCAAUGUCAAGCUGAGUGAUCUGCAAGCGGAUCCAAACAACCCUUUAUUCUCUAUCAAGACUUUCGAGGAGCUUGGAUUGGAGCCGGCUAUUCUCCGUGGUCUGACCAUGAUGAACUUCCGGAAGCCUUCGAAGAUCCAGGAACGUGCCCUUCCUCUUCUGCUCAACAACCCACCGACGAACAUGAUCGGACAGUCUCAGUCGGGUACUGGUAAAACGGCUGCUUUCGUCUUGAAUAUUCUCAGCCGCUUGGACCUCAGCACCCCGGAAAUGCAGAAGAGCCCUCAGGCAUUGGUCCUUGCUCCCAGUCGAGAGCUUGCCCGUCAGAUCGUCGGUGUUAUCCAGGUCAUGGGCUCCUUCGUCGAGGGCUUGGUUGUCGGUACUGCUGUCCCGGCUGACACGCACAGCCGUCCGUCCAGACUUGAAUGUUCCGUGGUCGUUGGUACGCCCGGAACGGUCAUGGACCAGAUCAAGAAACGUAUCUUCCUGACACAGCGCCUGAAGGUCCUUGUCCUUGAUGAGGCAGACAACAUGCUUGAUCUGCAGGGUAUGGGCGAUCAGUGUAUCCGCGUCAAACAGUUGCUUCCGAAGACAGUUCAAGUCGUCCUCUUCUCUGCCACCUUCCCUACCCAUGUUCAUCGCUACGCGUCUAAGUUCGCCCCCGGCGCCAACGAAAUAACACUUGAGCACGAGGACUUGACUGUGGAAGGCAUUAAACAGCUGUACCUUGACUGUGAGAGCGACGAAGACAAGUACAACGUUCUUGUGAAGUUGUACGGUCUUCUCACAAUUGGAUCUUCUAUUAUCUUUGUCAAGACCCGUCAAUCGGCGCAGGAAAUCGAGAAGCGCAUGACUGCGGAAGGUCAUACUGUCGUCUCGCUCACUGGUGGUGUCGAAGGAUCAAAGCGUGAUGACACCAUUGACAAGUUCCGAAGUGGUGAGGCUAAGGUUCUGAUCACGACCAACGUCCUUGCCCGUGGAAUCGACGUUUCAACCGUCUCCAUGGUCAUCAACUAUGAUAUUCCGGAGCUACACGAUCCCACAUCCCGCCAGCGCAAGGCCGACUGUCAGACUUACCUGCACCGUAUCGGUCGCACGGGUCGUUUCGGUCGUGUCGGAGUCUCCAUCUCCUUCGUUGCGAACAGGGAAGAGUGGCAGAUGCUCAUGGCCAUUCAGGAUUUCUUCAAGACCGAUAUUACCCGCAUCGACACCCGUGACUGGGACGAGGUCGAAGAGAUCAUCAAAAAGACUAUCAAGAAUCCUCGAUCCCAUGCAAACUACAGCCAAGAGCAAUAAAUCAAGUGUUGUCUCUCCGGCUUCUCCUUCAAAAGGAUAAAAAAUAAUAAAAACGCAACGUUACUGUCGGAUAUGGUUGAGGUUGCGGCAGUCCCUGCCAUGCUGCUGAAGCACAAUAUGUGAUUUGGGAUAAUGCUG